AUGCCGGAGAAUAUUUCCGCCCAAGACAUCAUCAACACCUUAAAUCUCUCUCCACAUCCCGAAAAGGGAUACUACAUCGAGACCUUCCGCGACCGCCAUUCGACAAAUGAUCGCUCACAUAGCACCUGUAUUUACUACCUUCUCGAAGGAAAAGCCGGUCUUUCGCAAUGGCACCGUGUUUUAGAUGGUACUGAGGUAUGGCAUUAUUACGCUGGUGCUCCUAUGCAACUAUCACUUUCCUGGAAUGAUGGGAAACCCGUCCGGGAUACCAUUUUGGGAAUUGAUCUUGGAAAGGGUCAACGACCACAGGCUAUUGUUGAACGUGGAGAGUGGCAGCAUGCGAAAAGUUUAGGUGAUUGGACCCUUGUGGGAUGUACGGUGGCUCCGGCUUUCUUGUUUGAGUCGUUUGAGAUGGCUGAAGCCGGGUGGGAGCCACACUCGGAUGCUUGA